UAAUGGCUAUCAUAGUUAUAUAUCAUACUCCAGUUAUCUAAAGCCGUUACAAACUUACGGCCUACACCAUAUAUAUAAGCCCGCACUAUUCGUUAGGAAAGCCUGUAGUCUUACACAUCUCACUGUCCUCUCAGCAUCAUGAAACUACAUGUCGCGACUCUGUUAUUGAGUGUUGUUGUGGCAUCCGCCAUGGCCGAUGGCGCCACAAAGAUCGCCUCCUCGUUGCGGAAGAAGGGCAGCGGCUUCUUUCAAUACGCCAGCGCACCGAGCCAAUCUGAAUACGAAUACGGGUACAAUCUUGGCAAUCCUUUUCACAGACGUAAUCUGUUCCAUCAAACGAAAGAUCACCGUUUCCGCACAAAGCUUAUGUGGGGUGAUUCCGUCGGUGGCACCGGUGAGCAUUAUUGGGAAUUCAACCACAGUGAUGCUGGAUCUGAUGCUUCAGCUCCGGCUUAUCCUUCUGGCCCGUCUUAUUCAUCUCCAACUUCAUCUUAUUCCUCUCACGCUCCAUCGUAUUCGGCUGCCUCUUCAUCUCAUUCCGCCCCUGCUCCGUCUUACUCUUCCGCCACUGGUCCUUCGUUUUCAGAAGGUGCUUCAUCUUUUCUCCCACCUAGCCCGUCCUUUUCGGGAGAUUCUCCGUUCUAUUCGGCUGCCGCCCCUUCGUUUUCGGAUGCUUCUCGUAGAUUCUCGGAAGAUUUCCCAUCGUACGACGACGCCCUUCCUGCUGAAAUGUAAUGCCCAUCUUCGAAUACCAAAUACAAUGAAAAAAAGACUGUU